AUGAACGGCGGCCGUCCGUCCGUCAUUCGCCAGCCGCUGACGCAAAAAUCCAACGUUGAGCUGAUCACCUCUCUGCGCUCGAACUUCCUGUCCUCGCAAGCGCCCGAUACUGACGGUACGAACGGGACAAACGGGACCAACGGCGAGGCGAAUGGAUCACACUCCGAGAAGCGUGACUAUUCCUCCUGGACGGUGGAUCGCGAUGGAGCUCUCUACAUUCCAGCCGUGGACUUCUCACAGCCUGGACUUGCCGAGGAGCGGGAUCAAUACGAUAUUACGGUGAAACUAUUCUAUCUACCGGGAAUUCCAGCCUCGAGGCGCUGCGCACACACCAGGGAGGCAAUUGAUCUGGUAUUGAAAGAACUACAAGUCAAGUCUAUCGAUUUGCUGAUUGUCUCGUUCCCGGGAAUUCUAUUUGAUGCGGACGACGACAGCGAUGAGGAAGGGUCCGACUCUAGCGGCGAAGAUGACUUUGACAGCACGGUGCAAACAUGGCGAGUGCUGGAGUCCCUGCAUGAGCAGGGCAUUAUCGGACAGCUGGGCGUCGCAGAGUUUGGCAGCGAGCGGCUAGCGCGCUUCCUUCCACAUAUCCGGGUCAAGCCCUCCGUUGACCAGAUCAACCUGAAGGACUGCUGUGUGGUGCCCAAGUCCCUUAUUCUCUAUGCCAAGCAGGAGAAGAUCCAGCUCUUAACCCACAACGACUGCAAUGAUAUCCUCCCGGUCGGCACGACACGAGAGCUAUUGGGGCCGGCGGACAAGGGAGGUGCGGGGAUCCUGGCUGCGGCGCCCGAUGCCACCGAUGGGAUCCAGGGACACGUCGAGCCGCAGUGGGUGGUGAAGUACACGGCAGUGGUGAAGGAUCGCGGAGUGGUCGAGAACAAGGGGUAUUUCGCUCUGGCAGAUGUGGGCACAUGCGUCAAGCCCCGUCAAUAA